AUGGGCAGUAAUACUGAGGCUGGUUUCAGUCGUCUUCUCGAACAAUAUAGAGAGGCUAGCGAGGCCAUGCCACUGACGAUGCCGGACCAUGGCUCUUUAUCAGAGUGCAUCCCUCAGGUCCAAUGUAUACAGGGCCCCAUUCUCAUAAUCAUCGCUGAUGUACUUGCACAGUUCAUUACAGGUGCCCGUACGAUAGACAAGCGACGAUGCAUCCGUGUAGCUCUGUGUCAGCUCGUCGUGUUUGGUCCGAUGACCUACUUCUGGUAUGAUGUACUCCUUCCAUCUUGGGGUGAGUACCUCCCCACUACUGCUCAUAAGGUUCUCGUGGACCAGACUCUAUGGUGUUGGACAUUCUUAUCGACAUUUUUCUUCAUACAAUCCCUGGCUGCGGGUAAAUCCGUUGCAGCGAGUGUCAAAGCAGUGCAGUCCAACUUGGGCCCAGCAUUGAAAGCUAACUACUGCUUCUGGCCGAUGAUACAGUACGUGAAUAUGUACUACAUACCAAAACAUCUGCGACUCCUGGCGAUGCUGAUUGUCAAUGUGCCAUGGACGGCCUUUCUUUGUGCCAUUCAAAACGAGAAGCCUGCUGGGGAUAGCAAAAAGGCAGAGGAAAUGGUUAAGAAAAGCAAAAAGAAUCAUCGUGAAUGA